AAUUAAAAAGCUAAAAUGCGAAAGUAAAUUAAUAUGGAAUCUUUUAAUUGUAAGCUGAUUGAUUUCUAAAUAUUUCAUCAAAUAGUUCUAAAAUGUCAGCUUCUGAUCAAAGGCAACAAAUUAUUUUCGAAAAUAUACCAAAACUGAUAGAAAAUCUUACACAUUUUGAGAGAAAAGAAGAAAAUUAUAAGCGGUGUGAAGAAUUUGCUAAUUAUAUAUUAAAAAAUCAUCGCUAUUUAAGUGUAAAUAGUCAUGAAGUCAAAAGAAAAAUUGAAGGAAUGCAUGAAAAAUUUCGAGUCAACAAUUACAAAGUAUAUGGUGAUCACCUUCAAAAACUGAUUGACGGAAUUAUUAACCAUCCCCUUUGCAAGAAACAUUAUGAAGUAGAUGUUGGUUGGUCAAUGAUUGAUUUUCUAUUUAAUUUAUCAUAUAACCCGGUUGGAGCUCUACGUGAAAAUAGAGAUAAAAUAUCUUUGGAAAUUCGAAAAGAUUACGAUGAAGAACAAAAUAAAGAGCAACAAUACUGGGUUGACAUUUUAAAGGAAGAUUUAAUACCAGUGGAUCAUAUACAGCAUGCAAGAAGUUCAGAUUCGGAAUUAAGCGAAUGGUCAGAUUCUGAUACUGAAUUGUCGUCGCACAGCAAGAGUGUUGAAAGCACGAGUAAAACAGAAGAAGUAAUUAAAUUUAAAUCUCCCAUUGAAAUUAUUCCAGGGGUGCAAUUGAAACCUCCCGAAAAAGCAAAAAAUUAUGUUUUAUUCAAUGGAAAUAAAAAUAAAAAUUGGUUGUUUCAAAAUUGUCAGAAUUCGUGGUGGACAAAUUUUAAAUCGGAGUAUCAAAUCAAUAGUAACUUGGAAAACGCAAACUUUGCGCAACUAUGGAACCGAUAUAUUGCAGAAAGUUCUAAUAACUUUAUAAAGUUGGAAAUAAUUUCAACAGAAAGUGAAUAUCGGCUGAUGAGAGAAAUUCUGUGGAUGCUGUAUUGUCCACAAACUUGUAAAUUUUUUCUUGUUGAUGAAAGUGGUCACAUUCUAGUUAGGAAAAAUGUUACAAUUCCCAGUGUGACGGUAGAUGGAUUGAAAUUAUUUCUUCAAUUUUCUUUCAUACCAACUAUGCAGCGGCAAUUAAAUUUGCGGACGUUUAUUAAACUGAUUUACAGUCAUAAAUCUAAUUUGCCGCCUAAAACCUAUGAAUGUUAUGCUUCUUGUUUAAGUGAUUUAUUGGAACCAUUUUAUGAAAAGAUUUUGCAAAUUGAGCAAUAUGUUAAAGACCAAUUACCAGCAAGUAUCGUGACAAUUAUUCAAAUAAGAAAUCAAUUGGAUAAAGUUUUUGAUUAUUUGGAAAAAAUAUAUAAAAUUCACGAAAAAGUUAUUUUAGAUUUCAAUAAAUAUCCAGCACAUAUCGCAUCUGCUCAUUUAUUAUCUUGCCUGCUUAAUGCUUUUCGAGUAUCACAUGAUUUAGAGACAUCAAACUUAGCUAUUACCCUAUUUAUGUACAGCUGCAGAACUUUUUGUGAUAUUAUGAACACUUUGUGGAGUGAAGGAAUAUUAGACGAUUGGCGGAAAGAAUUUGUUGUAGAAAAAUAUAAUGAUGAAAAAGAAAAUCUCAGCGUUCGAUUAUUUGAAAAAUGCAAAGAAUUGUCAUUUUAUGUUCCAAAAAACAUAUCGGAUCUAAUAAAGGAAAGUGCUUUUAUCAAGUUAAUUAUUAAUCACGCUAUAGAGGCAGGUUACACAUUGAAUUUUUUAUAUGAAAUUGAUAAAAUUAGCUACUUAAGGAGUGCUAGUAAUUUUGAUGAUAAUUUAUUCGAUCACUUUUUUAAUGAUGUUAUGUCUUCUGUGAAGAAUUUUAAAAUAGCGAUAAAUGAAAUUACUAAAGAAACAAAUAUUUUAGGUAGUUCUUUAAGUAAUAUUAAUUUAAAUCAAGAAGAUGCUUGUUCUUCAAAUUGUGAUGAGGACAAGAGUGUAAUGAAUAAAAGUAAUAUUUUAUCUAAAGAAACUUGCAAAGCUAUAUGUCAGUACGAGUUAGAAAAAAAUGACCAAGAUGACGGUGCUAAUUUAGCUGAAAAACUUUCGAAUAGAAAUUUUCUAGCACAGUGUGCUCCAACUACUGAUGAGUUUUUAUUAAUGGCUUUUUCAUGUAAUUUUAAUUUAAGCUCAACAGAAAAGAAAUCGGAAUCAGAUUGCUUAGAUAAAUUUAAGAAAACUUAUAAGUUAUAUGAAAAACUAAACGAUACUUCACACAUAACAAUACCUCUAGAGGAGAUUAUUUUAAGCUCAAUUUCGAAAAUUCUUUCAUAUCGCAUUUCAUUUACUAAUAGCUUUGUUAUGAAAAUGUAUCGCGAAGAUUUUAAAAUUGGAAAACAUUUGCAAAAUAUUAGGCAAGUUUUGUUAUUAGAAGCUGGAGAUUUAAUGCAAUUUUUUUAUCAAAAAAUAUUUUCUGAUAUUGAAAACGAGAAGUUGUGGGCAAAUCCGUUCACAUUGACUGUUCAACUUGAUGAUAUUUUAACAGCAAAAUUUCCAGAAUUAUCGCUACUUUUCAAAGUUGAUAUAAAUUCAGCAUUUAAAUGCAAAACGACUAAGGUUAUUGACGCUGUUGAUGAAAUAAUCAUUGCAUAUAAUGUGCGAAAGGAAUUGAAAAACAUUAUAACUGAUGAGAUUAUGAAAUAUUACAAUGAUGUUUUUCAUUUUUUAUUAAAAAUAAAGUGGUCAAUUUGGACAUUAGAAAAUCUGAGAUUUGCAAGGGUUCAUAAAAAUCGUUUACCAUAUGCUACAUUUCGUUUGAUAGAUUUAAAUAUGCGACAGUUGGAGCAGCUACGUUUAUGGAUGAUGUAUAGUUUACAUUGCAUACAGUCGCACAUAAUGACGGCCGUUUUACACGCUAUGGGAAAUCAAUUAGAUGAAAAAAUUAAUAAUUGUGCGAAUUUAGCUGAACUGAAAUGUAUUCAUAAAUCUUAUGUAAAGACAAUCUACGAGCAAUGUCUAUUGUCAUCACACUUCGAAACCGUGAAAGCUGGUGUAGAACAAUUAUUUAAUUUAACUUACGUUGUUAGAGAACAAUGGAAGAUAUGUGUACAAAAUUUAGAUCAAAAUUAUUACAGCGAUGAUGAAUUGGAUGGUAGUCAACAUAACGAACUUGUUAGUCAAAAGGAUAUGAUUGAUGAUAUUAAAUCAAUUGAAGGGACAUAUGUUAAAUGUCAUUCAUAUUUAGCUAAAAGUCUAAAUAAUGAAGUUUAUUGGAAUCAAAAAGAAUUUUUAACGCCAUUACUUGCCGCAUUUCAAAGCAGUCUACCUUGUUGAUCGAAUUUUUAAGUUUAAAAUGUAGAAACGAAGGCGAAAAAUCGUUAGCAUUGUUGCAAAAGAACAAAAAUAUAGUAAUAUUUGUUUGAAAUUAAAUUUUGCAAUUAAAUUUUAAUAAAUUAAUUGUUUUUCUUUUUGUUUUUGUUAAUAAAUAACUAAUUUCUU